AUGUUUUGGGGUAUUGAAGUUUCAAAUAAAGCAAUCAGUUUCGCACCACCAUACGAUGCACAUUUGACAUCUGCAUGUUUGUCUGUCGAUGCUACCGGUACUGAUCGUAACGUUUUAGUUGUUAAAUAUGAUGGUAAGGAGUAUUCGUUGUGCUCCUUGAAGCUCGGUGGCUUGGAGUCGACCAGCUUGGAUUUGGUGUUCGAAGAGGGCAAGGAGAUCACUCUCCAAGUCAAGGGUGCUGGUCAAACCAUCCACUUGACUGGUUUCUUCAUUUCCUCGAUGGACGGUGGUCAAGACGACGAAUUCGGUGAGGACGGUGAAGACGAAGAGGAAGACGAAGAGCUCGAAAUGGAAGACGACGACGAAGAGGAGGAGAUCGACGAAGAGGAAAUCAAGAGACAAUUGAAGAGAAAGCAAGAGGAGGAAGCUGCCGCCCAGGCCGCCAAGAAGAAGGCAAAGAAGGCUGUCGAAGCCGCUCCACCAGCCAAGCCAGCUGCUGCCAAGUCACCAGAGAAGAAAGUCGAACAACAAAAACCAGUAGAACAAAAGAAAGUCGAACAACCAGCAAAGAAGGCUGAACCAGCUAUUAAGAAAUUACCAAGUGGUUUGAUCAUGGAGGAUGUAGUUGUUGGAUCUGGAUUCCAAGCGACCAGAGGUCAAAAGGUAUCUGUCAAGUACCUCGGUAAGUUGACAAACGGAAAGAAAUUCGAUUCGUCGCUCGUCAAGCCAUUCACCUUCAAACUCGGUGUCGGUGAAGUCAUCAAGGGAUGGGAUGUCGGUGUCGAAGGUAUGAAGGUCGGAGGUAAGCGUCGUCUUACCAUCCCAGCUUCAAUGGGUUACGGUUCACAAGGUGUCCCAGGUAUCCCACCCAAUGCAACUCUUAUUUUCGACGUUGAACUCGUUAAAGUUGGUAGAUAA